CUGCCUUUUAUGAACCCUUGAUGCCCCGCGUUCCAUCACACGUCGACAUAGUUCUGGGAAGGAGGUAUUUUGGAUCGCACGAGACCAUCCUCCCUUUCUUGAAUCAAUCAAAAACCUGCCACAUCCUUCAUUCCCGUUCGCUCCGCGCUUGUUUUGACCGGAUUCUUUGCGGCGCCCUGCUCUCUGUAUCGUCAAAUUCCAGCAUGAGACAUCUCGAUCGUCUGUUGGACCGCGUGGCUCGUCAUGCUCGAGAGAUAUUCGAACCCUCUCCCCAGCAGACGGGUCUGCCGCCCAAUCAGCAGUACGAUCGUCCACCUCCGCCAGCUCCAGGUUUGUACUGCGAUUUCAGACCUUCAUUCCCCAUUCCUGAAAGCUAGAUCGAUUCUUUCAGGGGAAGAAUUUCUCCUUAGAUUUGCCUUGGCCAUGUGUCUGUUUUCUUGGGCCCCAUGUUGUUCCUGAAACCUCCGAUUUCCUUCUCCCUGUGCCCUGACCCCUCCACUACCCCAAAACAAAGGGUAAAGCCUGUCUGAGAUGUGGCUUGCUUGUUUGCUUGUUUGCUUGUUGGUUCAAAUAGCAGUCGAUACCAUCCACCUAGCUACCCCGGGCCUGCAGCUUGUAUACAACCCCCGUCUGGGCAUGAACCUGCGCGCUUAUAUCUAUCUCCCUGGGAUAGGCGCUCCACUGCUUUCAUUUGUCCAUAUACAGUGGACCACCCACCCCGACUGUCCAUCAGAUUUUAGUGCUUGGAUCUAGAGGUGGAAAUGUUUAUUAACUAUCUCAUUCCAUUCAUGCUAGUGGCACCGCCGGUGAUCGCCAGAACUGGUCCCCAGGCCGUAUUCGCUCAUUUUAUU